AUCAUUGCUGAACGUCUUCCUCAAUCCUUCACUCGGUUUUAGUUUUAGAGCCUACAUCGAAGAAAGGAAUAUCUGGAAUUAUUAAAGUAGAUAGGAGACUACUGAUUCUGCAUGCGGCAUCGUAUUAUCCCCCAGUCAUGUCUGUAUUUUAGUGGCUGUUGAAGUCAAACUCGAUGAUUUUCUCAGUUCCAACUGCUCUCACUCGCUUGUUUGCUCUUUCUGAUUCUCAUUUUUAUUGUCUCUUCAAACCUAGCCAUAUUCGUAUAAUUAACAGUACCUUCUCACUCAAGAGGUAUCGACGUCGUAUUUAUAGUACUAUGGCGUCUUCAGCCCAACCAGUAGAGUCUGCUGCUGGACAAGAGAAAGUCACUGCUCCUUACGGCUCUUGGAAGUCCCCAAUCACUGCCGAUAUUGUCUCUGGCGCCUGUAAGCGACUCGGUGGUACUGCCGUUGACGGUCACGGCCGCCUCUUCUGGCUCGAGUCUCGCCCUACUGAAGCAGGACGAACGGUCCUUGUUAAAGAAGCAGAGAAACCAGGAGAGGAACCUGUUGAUAUUACUCCGAAAGAAUUUUCCGUCCGAACAACGGCCCAGGAGUAUGGAGGUGGUGCAUUUACGAUAUCAGAGGAUUCAGUCAUCUUCGCUAAUUAUAAGGACCAAAGGCUUUUCAAACAAUCUACUGAUUCCACAGAUUCUUCCCCUGUUCCAUUGACGCCUGAUUAUGGCUCACCAGUAGUCUCCUACGCUGAUGGAGUCUUUGAUUCACGCUUUAACCGUUUUGUCACUGUGAUGGAAGAUCGUCGUGUAAGCAGUAUAAAUGCAAUUACAACGAUUGUAGGAGUCAGUCUCAAUGAUGAGAAUAUCCAAGAACCAAAAGUAUUAAUCAGUGGCAAUGACUUCUAUGCAUUCCCACGUAUUGACCCCAAAGGUGAACGCAUAGCGUGGAUAGAAUGGGCUCACCCUAACAUGCCAUGGGAUAAAGCUGAACUCUGGGUCGGCUAUAUUUCUGAGAAUGGAGAUAUCUAUAAACGCACAUGUGUUGCUGGUUAUGAUAGUGAACUUGUUGAAUCUCCAACUGAACCCAAGUGGUCCGCCACAGGGGAGCUAUUCUUUAUCACUGAUGGAAAAAGUGGAUUUUGGAAUCUCUACAAAUGGAAUGAAUCUGUAAAUGAUGUUCAAGUACUCUAUUCAAUGGAUGCUGAGUUCUCCAGACCCUUAUGGGUUUUUGGCAUAAACUCUUAUGAGCUUAUUCAGAGCAAUGAAGGAAAGAACUUAAUUGCUUGCAGCUAUAGGCUGAAGGGAAGAUCAUACCUUGGUAUUCUGGAGUCCGCUCAAAGCUCAUUGUCUCUGCUCGAUAUUCCUUUCACUGACAUAGAUAACAUUACUUCAGGGAAGCAUUGCCUAUAUAUUGAAGGAGCAUCUGCAGUUCAUCCGUCAUCUGUGGCUAAGGUGAAUUUGGAUGACCAAGGCUCCAAAGUAGUUGAUUUCAAGUUCGUUUGGUCAUCAUCUCCUGAUAGUUUAAAGUACGCAUCCUAUUUCAGCUUCCCACAGUUUAUUGAAUUCCCAACAGAUGUUCCUGGCCAAAAAGCAUAUGCAUACUUUUACCCACCUUCAAAUCCCAGUUACCAAGCUAGUGCAGAAGAAAAACCUCCAAUAGUAUUGAAAAGUCACGGAGGGCCUACAAGUGAAACCCGUGGGAGUUUAAACCUAAGCAUCCAGUAUUGGACCAGUCGAGGUUGGGGUUUUGUGGAUGUCAAUUAUGGUGGAAGCACUGGUUAUGGUAGAGAAUAUCGAGAACGUUUAUUAGGAAACUGGGGAAUUGUUGAUGUUAAUGACUGUUGUAGUUGUGCUAAAUUUUUGGUGGACAGUGGAAAGGCAGACGGGAAGCGACUCUGUAUAACUGGAGGAUCAGCUGGUGGUUAUACAACCUUAGCUGCCCUUGCUUUUAAAGAAACAUUUAAGGCUGGAGCUUCAUUGUAUGGUGUAGCUGACUUAAGCAUGUUGAGAGCAGAAACUCACAAGUUUGAGUCUCAUUACCUUGACAAUCUUGUUGGUGAUGAAAAGGCUUACUUUGAGAGGUCCCCGAUCAAUUUUGUUGUUAGAUUUUCUUGCCCUAUAAUUCUUUUUCAAGGCUUAGAAGAUAAGGUUGUACCCCCUGACCAAGCUCGUAAAAUAUACCAGGCAUUGAAGAAGAAGGGAUUGCCAGUUGCUCUUGUUGAAUAUGAAGGAGAACAGCAUGGCUUCCGCAAGGCUGAGAACAUCAAAUUUACUCUGGAACAACAAAUGGUAUUUUUCGCACGUUUAGUUGGGCAGUUCGAUGUUGCAGAUGAUAUCACUCCAAUCAAAAUUGACAACUUUGACUAAACCUGCGGUAUCAAGGUAUCUGGUUCCUGGGAUUCUGGUAUCUGAUUUCUUGUGAAUAUUGUCUGCCAUUGGCAAAGAUUGAUUUCUGUCAUCUUUCAGAGCAAUCAGAUUGCUAGUGAUCAGGAACUGGGGGGAACUUGUCUUCUAAUUGGAAAUUAAAUGAGUUUGAUAAGCUGUAUGUCCAUGGAAUGGCAACAAGUUUACCAGGAAUUAAAAAAAAAAAAAAAAAAAAAAAAA